AUGUCGAGCGAAGGACCGAUCAGUUACGUAAAAUUUAAGUGGUCAGCCGGUUACGUCAACAAAACCCAAAGCUCCUUAAGAUAUAAUUUGAAAAGCCAAUUUCUUGAUGAACAUUACAACAUUAAAAAAGACGUACAUGAAAAAUUCAAAAGCAUAUCUUGGAUAUGUGGCAACUAUGGAACAGUUAGAAAAAACAAAGUUAUACCAUAUCCUCAUUUGUAUAUCACAGUUGAUGGUAUUAAAGGAAGGUCCAAUGAAGAUUUAAAGAAAGAAAUUGACAAGAUAUUUGAAUGGGAAGCAUCAAAAUUCAUUGAAAUCAGGCGUAAACCUUACAAAAAACCAAAGAUUCGAUAUUUAUCAAACUUCCGCGCUGUUCAAAAUGAUGAUGCACCAAAUCCAAUGCAAAGCCCUAAUGAUGUUGUUUUGGAAAACCAAUCAACCAGUAGCUCUCAUGGUACAAUGACAAUGUUCUGUGGCAAAAACAAUAAGUAUUACGCCUUGACAUGCGCACAUGUUGCUUAUGGCGCAAGUGACAUGGUGGACAGUGCAUUGGCUUUUAACCAGGAAAAUGCCUUUUUGGCCUUUCGCGGUGCCGUUCAAUACCUUAAUGAAGGUACAGCUUAUUUUUACAAACUACCAAACAGUGGUAAUGAAUUUCUACUUCCCUCUUUUCCUAAUGGCGUGUUUGGUCAUUUUGACGGAGAAGUUGAUAUUGUGAGAAUUUUCAUCGGUGAUGAACGUUUUUCAUUUUAUGGAGGAGAUGACAUGGAAUGUUUUGCCUUGACUUUAGAUAAGGCAAGUAAAGAACUUUACGAAAGAAUCGAAGAUGGAGAUGAAUCUGUGAGAGUUCGUACAGAUUAUCAUAACAUUGGAUUUAUAAGUGACUCUGGUGCACUUGUUUAUUUCUUGGAUAGACAAAGAAAAUGGCAGCCAUUUGCAUAUGGUGUAUGUGAAAUAGAUGAUGAUGAUGAUGUCGAUGAUGGUGAGAGUAGUUCUGUUGGUGUUGGUAAUAUUGAUGAUGAUGAUGGUGGUGAUGGUGGUAAUGUUGAUGAUGAUGAUUAUGGAGUUGAUGAUGGUGGUGAUGAUGGUGGUGAUGAUGGUGGUGGUGGCGGUAAUAUUGAUGAUGGUGAUGAUGGUGAUGGUGGGGGUGAUGGUGGGGGUGAUGGUGAUAAUGUGAUAUUUGAAGGUCCACGUAUGAGGACCUUCAUAUGUUUGAAAUUAGAUAAAGCUUUAACUGCUGUUAAAUUGAACAAUUGUGAAUACUUCAGAUCAGAGGUCUAA